AUGGAAACUGCAGUCGUAAACUCCUUCUUCUCUGUAUGCUUGUUGCUAACUCUCAUGUUUUUGGGGUCUGUAGGAAGCUCGAAUAGCUGUCCAGAACCUGAAACAUCAUGUGGAAAACUUCCUGUUCGGUUUCCUUUCCGAGUAAAAAGACGCCAACCAGAACAAUGCGGCUAUCCUGGGUUUGAUUUAGAAUGUUCUUCUACCAAACAUGCUGUUCUUGAGCUUCCUGGAUCAGUCAAGCUCAGUGUCAAACAUAUUGAUUACAAAUCUCAAACCAUUCAGUUAUAUGAUCCUUCUGGUUGCCUUCCAAGGCAUGUCCGCAAUCUCACUCUAGUUCCUUCUCCUUUCCAGUUCAUAGACCGAAAUCUUAAUGACUUUACAAUUUUCAAUUGCUCGUCGCCAAGAGAUGGAGCGAUUAUUUCAACGUGCCUCAGCAGCUCUGCUUACCAUGUGUAUGCCGUUUUGUCUUAUCGUGAGAUUGGACAACUUACCUUGUUAUUUUGCAGCAAAAUAUUUAACAUUUCUUCUGUCCCACUUAAGAUUUUUGAUGUUGAGAACACUCUUCAUUUGAUGUGGUCUAAUCCAAUGUGCAAACAUUGUGAAUCAAAUGGAACAAGAUGUGGAUUCAAGAAUAGUAAUAUUCAACUAUGA